CUGAAAGGGGAUUUUUGCCGUAUCUUUGAGUCAGCCCUAGAUUCCCAGUGGGUCCCCGGAUGCGGGUUGCCACGGCAGCGAGAGGAAGCCAUGGCGGAAGACGGCUCAAAAGCAGCGACCCCCGGUCGGGGCGGUCUGGACCCCGGGGAAGGCGGAACGGAGCCCAGCAUGCUGCUACAGAAGCUGAAGACCAACAUCUCUAAGAACAUACAGGGCAAAGUGGAUUUCAUCUUGCAAGAGGUCCAGCGCUUCUCCGACAGUGACAAGUUGUAUCUGUAUCUGCAGCUGCCCCCAGGGCCUGGGACAGCUGAAAAGAGCGGCGGCGAUUCCUGCUCCUUCAACACAGCUGACCAGCUUCACGCCUGUAGCUGGAUCCGCAGUCACCUGGAGGAGCACGCCGACACCUGCCUGCCCAAGCAGGACGUCUACGAAGCCUACAGGAGAUACUGUGACAACCUUCAGUACCGCCCGCUGAGCGCCGCCAACUUCGGCAAGAUCAUCCGCGACAUCUUCCCCAACAUCAAAGCCCGCAGGCUGGGUGGGAGGGGCCAGUCCAAGUACUGCUACAGUGGAAUCCGCAGAAAGAGCGUCCUCAACAUGCCCCUGCUGCCCAACCUGGACCUGAAGAACGACCCGUCGGAGCUGACGGAGCUGGUGCAGACCUACAAGCAGGAGGUGACGGAGGCGGCCUGCGAGCUAAUCUGCGACUGGGCACAGAAGAUCCUCAAGCGCUCCUUCGACACGGUGGUGGAGAUUGCCCGCUUCCUGGUGCAGGAGCACAUCGUUAACCCCCGCUGCAGCCAGGCUGAGCUUGUCACCUCCGCUGCGCUGGCAGGAGGGCCCCCAAAGCCCCACAAGCCUGUCAAGAGGAGUACGGCCCCGCCCAAAGGGGGAGGCCCAGAUGGGGAGGGAGGCGGCGCUGAAAGCAAGAAGGACAGAGACAGAGGGGAGCAGACGUCGCCAGGGAAACCGCCGCACGGCGAGAAGCCGGCGAAGGGGGCGGACGGAGGACGGUCAGGGGGUCGUGACCUGCAGGUGGAGGCGGUGAUGAAGCGCUACCCCCAGCUGCUGCCCCGCGGAUCCAUCCCGGAGAAACCCCAGCUCUCUGUCCGCUCCUCGCCCCCUACGCUGGCGCCCAAAGACACGGGGGCGGUGAAGGUCACCCUGCCCAUCACCAUGGCAGCCCUGUCCCAGCAGCCAGGGGGCGCUCUCCCCGUCUUCAACAUGAUCCUGCCCUCCGGGGUGAGCCUGUCGUACCCCGACAGGGAGAAGGCCCCACCUGUCAGUGUGGCCCCACCCGUCAGUGUGGCUCCGCCCAUCACCGUGGCCCCGCCCGCCCCCACACCCGGGGUGCUGCAGAGAACCCGGGCGGCCCCGAAACGCACCCCGGAGCACCCGUCCGCCGACGCUGUCCUGCCUCCUGGGGGGCCGCCCCUGAAGAGGAAACGGGGACGGCCCAGGAAGCCACGCCCGGAGGAGACGGGACAGCCCCCUCCCCCUGCGGGCCACGUCCAAACCCCCGUCACCGGGGGGGUGAUUCAGAAAGCUCUGCCGUCCUCCUCUUCCUCCUCUUCCUCCGCCUCCCAGCAGGCUCCACCCCCACGCGAGGUCAUGGAGAUCGUCAUCCAGGACCAGCAAAUCCGGGUGCUGGGAGCCCUGCCCUCUGCCCUGGAGGCUCCGCCCAUCCUGGAUGUGGGGGGCGUGGCUGCCGCUGAUUCCGCCCAGGGGCAGAAGAGCGUGGUGGUGCAGUGCUACCGUCCAGGGACCAGCGGGGACGGCCGGCCCCAGCAGGACCCCCCCCAGCCCGUCCUCCUGCUCCAGGGCCCGGGGCAGGUGGCCAAGGCCGGGAGCCUGAGCUGGGAGGGGGGCAGUGCCACGGUGGAGGUCAUCAGGAGGGCCCCGGUGGCCAGGGAGGCAAAACCCGACACCGAGACCCCGCCCUCCACCCUCUCCACCUUGCUGGAGGGGAAGGAGGACGAGGUAGAGAUUAUUCUCACCCCUGUGGACUCCCUCUCUGAGCCCACGCUCCCCGAGUGCCCCCACCCCGAUGCCCAGGGGAACACCCCCUAG